AUGGAUGAUAAACAUAAAUUGGGUGUUCUCGGUGCUACAUCGUAUGUGAUUGGCAACAUCAUUGGAUCGGGCAUAUUCAUUACACCUGCUUCAAUACUCAGGUGUACGGAUAGCGUUGGGUUGUCACUACUGGUAUGGGUCGCCUGUGCUCUGAUCGCCAUACUUGGUGCUCUGGUCUACAUCGAGUUGGGUACCUCAAUAAGAGAAGCCGGAUGCGACUUUGCAUACAUUUGCUAUGUGAAAUGGUACUCGAUUGCUUUUGCCUUUAUGUUCGUCUCGGUAUUGAUGACAUAUCCAGCUACAAUAGCAAUCAUAUCCGAAACUUUUGGACAAUAUCUGGUUGAAGGCUUAAGACAGGUUUACGACAUUGAUGACGACUGGGCCCCGCUAGCACAAAAGUUGUUCGGAUUCAGCUUACUGUCCCGGUUGGAUACAGUUUUUUAUAUAGCCUUUAUUUUAGUGAUGGUCACAUGGAUGAACUUCUUCAGUUUGAACAAAUUUGCUGGCCGAUUUCAAAUUGUUGCUACAGCAGCAAAACUUGCCUCAUGUUUCCUUAUCAUAGCCACAGGGCUCUAUUUCUAUUUCGUCAAGGGAUGGACGUCCAAUUUACGAGAUCCAAUGAAGGGUUCCAACUACAAACCGGGUGACAUGAUACUGGGCUUCUAUGGCGGUUUAUGGGCGUAUUCUGGAUGGGACGUCCUUAACUACAGUACCGGAGAAAUCGCCAGGCCUAGGAGGAACGUUCCACUUGCGUUGUUGGGUGGAAUUCUGACAGUGACAGCGGUCUACGUCUCCAUCAACGUCGCAUACUUUGUAGCGCUAGACGUGGAGACGGUCAAAUCAUCGAACGCUGUCGCAGCUUUGUUCAGUCAAGCGACGUUGGGCUCAUUUUCCAAUGUGAUUCCGUUUCUGAUUGGUGUGCUACUUGUGGGAUCGCUCAACAGCAAUCUAUUCUCGGGCAGCAGAUAUAUGUAUGCAGCCGCUCGACAGGGGCAUCUUCCGACUUGCUUCAGUUGUGUGAAUGCGGCCACGGACUCGCCUAGGGUGGCCAUAAUGGCUCAGGCACUCCUGGCGAUCGGGAUAUCGUUUGUAGGAGAUUUGGACGCCCUGAUCAACUACGUUAUGUUCGGAUUCUGGGCACAGCGUAUCUUCACCCUCGUCGCCCUGCUUAUUAUUCGACACAAUCGAAUUCCCGUUCAUGCUGAAGCUAUCCGAAUGCCAUUGUGGUGCAUCUACACUUUUCUGGCCAUUACCGUUGCUCUGGUGGUAAUUCCUAUUAUCCAAGAGUUCUCGGUCACUGCGUUGGCGAUUGGAAUAUGUCUCAUUGGCUUUGCCCUCUACUUUCUAUUUGUCUAUCCGAAUAUUCUCCCGGCCUGGCUUCACGUCCUCAACGAUCGUUCAACACUCAUCUGCUGUAUCAUUUUCGACUGCUUACCUGAUGUGAAACCAGGUGUUGGUGUAGUACAACUCAUUUCAUCCGAUUCAUCUCAAGCUCUCCUUCCAAAGAGGUAG